CACCACCUCGAGCUCUUCGACAUCUUCGUCUUUAUCGUCCUCACACCCGUAUGCAAGUCUUUUGACCCCUCAUUCUUUCCUUUCUGACAAUCGGGUGAGGACCUCAAUCAUGAAUUCCACAGCCACAAACUUCUUCCGCGCAUGUCGCGCGCCGGCUUCACGCAGGCUACUUCAACACGGUCCAUCAAUGAGUACACCCAUUCCAAGAACAAACACACCCUCACAUUGCCGCCCCUUCUCUUCGCAGCGGCAUCACCUCGCUCAACCAGCCAGUGCCGUCCCAUCUUCCUCUACACCCGCACCUCCCGCCUCGACUUUGAUCUCCCAAACGUCCGACUCCGGACCCAAUGCCGCUGCAGCUCUCGCGGCCGCAGACGCAGUUUUCCUAUCUUCCACAUUCAGUCUAACAGGCCAUGUCUCGCGCGUCGGCACCAUGCGCAAGACCGUACACGUCUCACGCACCGCACAAGUCUGGGACGCAUACCUGCAGAAACACUACAAACGCAGCACGCACGACCUGGUGCACGACCCCCAGGACAUCCUCAACGAGGGCGACGUCAUCACCUACGGGCCCUUCCCUCCGAGUCUGCGCGAGCCGCGCGAACAAAAGGGCCAACUUGGCGGGAAUAAUCGCGUGAGAUUCAUCCUGAGGGACGUGAUCACGCCGUUCGGCACGCCUGUCGAUCAGCGUAGCCCGAGAGUCGUGGGGAGUCCCGAGGGUCGUUGGGUUGGCGGACCAGGACAGGUGCAGAAAGUGGUUGUGCGGGCGAGAGGGAAAGCGAAGCCUAAAGUUCAAGUGCCGUUGACGGCGAAGACGGAGAAGAAGGGUGGUCCAGCAACGGCCCAGAGGCAGGUCGCGUGAGAUGUUUAGACGCAGAAAAGAGCCUCUUGAGUAAGGUCUCUGAAGGCCUGGCAAGCUCAGGAGGGCGGCAACAACUAUUUGACCCAGGCUGUGCGGCAAAAAGGAAAACGAGAUUCAUGCAUGGAACCCAGAUGAGCAGCACAGUUGCCUGGAUACAAUCGAGAUGCAGACGAUGCAGAGACGCAUUGUCCGAUGAUAUUUUGCUGCGACGCCUUGCUGAUCCAUGGUACA